UCUGAGUUAACCAAGAGGAUAGAGGGAAAAUCAUUUUCCGUUUGCCAGUUGUUCUGUUAUUAUUAAUCUUUUUGCAAACAUCGAAAGUGGUGGCCAUCUGUUUCCAGUAGCACCAAAGGUUACUGUGUGGUGACCACUGGCCCCUAUUCCUUAACUGCUCCUGUGAGUUCCUAACUAAUUCACCCAGUCCUAAAUUCUCACUAUGGAGCCCAGCAAAGUGCAACCUGAAGGAGGACUUAAUGUCACUUUGACUAUCAGACUCCUCAUGCAUGGCAAGGAGGUUGGCAGCAUUGUAGGCAAGAAAGGAGAAACUGUGAAGAAGAUGCGGGAAGAUAGUAAUGCACGCAUAAAUAUUUCAGAGGGGAAUUGCCCAGAGAGGAUAGUUACCAUUACAGGACCCACAGAUGCUAUAUUCAAGGCCUUUGCCAUGAUCGCAUUCAAGUUUGAAGAAGAUAUUGUUAACUCUAUGAGCAAUAGCCAGGCUACUAGUAAGCCUCCAGUGACUUUGCGUUUGGUGGUGCCGGCCAGUCAGUGUGGCUCUCUAAUUGGGAAAGGAGGCUCCAAGAUCAAGGAGAUGAGGGAGACUACAGGGGCUCAAGUGCAAGUGGCUGGAGACAUGUUGCCCAAUUCUACUGAGCGGGCGGUCACUAUCUCAGGUGCUCCAGAGGCCAUUGUCCAGUGUGUGAAGCAGAUCUGUGUGGUCAUGCUGGAGUCCCCACCCAAAGGUGCCACAAUUCCAUAUAGGCCGAAACCUGCCACUGCACAAGUCAUUUUCUCUGGGGGCCAGGUGAGAGCAGAUACUCUGGCAGCACCAGCCACAGCCGGCCUCAGCUUGUUACUGCAGCAUCAGCCUCUGCCUGCCUACACCAUUCAGGGACAAUAUGCCAUCCCACACCCAGACUUGACAAAGCUCCAUCAGCUGGUUAUGCAGCAAACCCCCUUUACCUCCCUCGGACAGACCAUCCCCGCUUUUCCUGGUCUGGAUGCCAGUUCACAGGCCAGUACUCAUGAACUCACCAUUCCAAAUGAUCUAAUAGGCUGCAUAAUCGGACGUCAGGGCACAAAAAUUAAUGAAAUCCGUCAAAUGUCUGGGGCUCAGAUCAAAAUUGCUAAUGCAAUGGAGGGGUCAUCAGACCGUCAGAUCACCAUUACUGGAACACCUGCCAAUAUCAGCCUGGCACAGUACCUCAUAAAUGCCAGGUUCAGAGAUGUGGCAGCCAUGUGGACUGACCCUUCAACCAUGACAACCUCCUGAAAUCAUAUUAUGCUCUGUUUAUCUAAGGCGUUCUGGUCUUUAUUUUUGGGCCUUAUCAGUGUUCCGUAAAACCUGGGAAUUGAUAUAGUCAGACAUUUGUGUCUCAGGAUUGUUGAAUUACAAUCAGUGUAAUAAAACCAGUUCAAUUUCCAAGACAGCAAGCAGUUCCGGCCCACAUUUGGCCCACGUGAAAUCCAUGCGGGCCAAAUGUGGGCCAGAUUUGGGCUGAAACUGCUUGCUGUCUGGGUUAUUCAUUCCAUAAAAUGACAGAAAAACAAAGCAAAGCUUCACCCAACAAAAAAAAAAACUCUGAAAAAAUGAUUUAUUGUCUACACUGAUAGGUCUCUUCAGUAAAAAGUAUUCUAAAAAGCAGCCUGUGUGUAGCCAAUUUUGGAAUUGUGUCUGUGUACAAGAAUAUGAUGCAUGUAACUUAUUAAUUAGAUAUAGUUUUGACUUUUAGUGAAGAACAUUAGCAUGCUGAAUGUCUAGCAGUUGUUAUUGCUUUUAUUUAUUUAAAUGCUCUCUCAGUAUUUUACAGUAUUUAAAAAAAAUGUAUUCAAGUUAUCAUACAAGUAAUGUUAGCAAUAAAUUGUAUUAAAAUAUGCUUCUUUUAACAUAUGUAAUAAAACAGGUAGUCAGAAAUGCUUUGAUUUUAGAAAAAGAGAAAAAUGAUUUCCAGUUCAUUUUA